UGUUCGUUAUCUCCAUGUAUUUUAUUCUAUGAAGAACUCAGAAUACUAAGGAUACAGUCACAUGGGUUGUGGAGGAUCAACAUCUACAAAAACUAACGAUGGAAGGGAGAGUCACGAGAAGCCAAAAGGAAAGGGGGUCGACAGCAAACCCAAGGAAAAGGAGGAGGAUUAUCUGAGAGAACCAGAGAACGACUCGGUAGAUUUAGAGGACAUUAUAGUAGGCUACCCUCCACCAAAACCAAGUUCCAACAGAAAGGAGCAUAUAUUUACAGAACUAGAUAAAAAUACUGCGGAUUCAAGGGCAAAUCAGAUAAAGGUAGAGGAUUAUCAGACCCUUGAGGACAUAGCACGUGCUCUGACGGAAGGAUUAAAAAAUGACGUGCAAAAAGUGCGGGCAAUCUUCACCUGGAUUGGUUCACAGGGGUCAAGGGGGGACAAAUCUAGUCAAAAGGACAAAAGUCAAAGUCAAGAUGCCACUUCACCCCAGACCAUUGUACAACAAGUUAUACAAAGAAAGCUUUCGUUCAAUUUCUUAUUCAUCAGCCUUUGUAGGGCUGCAAAAAUCCCCUGCGUACUUAUUCGGGGACUUGGGAAGAGUAUAUCCUAUGAGGUUGGUGACAAAGAUGUUGACAGUCUUAACAACUCAUGGACAGCAGUGCACGUAGCCGGAGGGUGGCGCUUCGUGUUUCCGCUUUGGGCUUUCUCAGCAGUGGUUGGUCACUCUAAGGGAACAUGGACGCUAGUAGAAACACAAGGAAAAGGGGCAAGAGAAAAAGAAGAAAAAUCAUCAGGUCAAACAAUCAGCCAUAUAAACGACUAUUUCUUCCUAACGGAGGCAGACGAGUUCAUCUAUACAUGUUAUCCCAAUGACUCAAAGUGGCAACUUCUUACCCGCCCAUUCACUAAACAGGACUUCAUAGAAAUUGCAUAUUGUAGACAAGGUUAUUUUCAGAAUCACUAUAAAAUUACAACCCCGACUAAAUGUAUCUAUUCCUCGGUUGGCGGUGUAUGCGAUAUCGGGAUAAAGAAAUUAGUCAAGGAGGAAUGUUCUUACGCUUAUAAGCUGUUCUUUAACCAUGAAGAAUCGAAGACAACUCUUUCUUCCGAAAUUCAGCUAGAAAGAUACGUAGCCAUAUUCAAUGAAGGGCCUGCUAUGAGAUUUCGUGUUCGCUUUCCCAGUGAAGGCAUAUAUAAGAUGCAAAUCUUUGGUGACGGCUCCCGCUUAUGUGAAUUCAGACUUGAAUGUAACGAGGAUGUGAACGAUGUGAAACCUUUCCCUUGUAAUCCAGAGUCUGGAUUUGGUCCCAACUCUCUUACAGAAGAAGCUGGUCUCAAAGCACAGUCUCAUAAAACUGGCUUCAUCAAUAUAAAACAGACGAAAAAUGUCAAUAUGAAAUUCAAUAUUACAAAGAAUGUGCUAGUCCAAACAAUCUUGAUACACAAUAAUAUGGAACAAGAAACGCUGAAUAAACAUGUCAACCAUAAGAUAAAAGGUCAAGAGUUGGACAUUAAUGUGAAUUUGCCCGAAAAAGGAGAAUAUGCUCUCCAGAUUAACACAAAGGAUAAAGAUUCAGAUGGUCCAUUCAAGAAUGUCUGUAAUUACCUUUUGACGUCGGAAAACAUGAAUAAAAAAAGGAAGCCCUACGAGAAUGCGAUUGAAAAAAGAACAAGAAAAGCAUUACAAGAUAACACCUCUUCCAAUGAUAUAAAGGCUCUCAAAAAAGCUCUUGAUGACUUCGAUAAGAUUGAUAUGGAAGACAAAGGAGAUCGCCAAAAGGCAGAGGAGAGAUUGACAUAUUUGAGCUUGCGUAAAGAACUAAAAGAUGCAAUUGCAAGGAGGCAUGGAGAUAAACUAGAAGAAGCAAUAGAAAAUGCUAAGUCGUCCCAGUACGAGUCCGAUCUUCAGAAACUGAUUAAAGAAGCAGAGGAUUUGUUAUCACAGCUUCGUAGGCUGAAGAGAUUUGCUCACGAGGUUCUGAAAAUGCAACAGCCAACUAUAUCUGAAAUUCACAACUAUAAACACCCAAAACCUAUGGCUUAUGACGUCAUGAAAGCUACGUACAUCCUUCUCGGAGAAGAGGAAAAGCGUGUCGAGGAGUGGGAACAGAUACAGGCGUUGAUGCGUAAGACCGGUAAAGAAGGACUGCUAAGGCGGGUUCGACUGUUCGACACUGUGAACGUGACGGAGAACAUGGUAAAUCACUCCUCUCAGAUUCUCAGACCGUAUGACGAGGAGAGGAUACAAGCUUCCAGCGCAGGCCUCGGAACGUUCUACAAAUGGGUUACGGAUGUUAUUGAAGAAAUAAGAAAAUCCGAGAAUUCUCCGAGAGAUUGAGAGGUCCAGGAAACCAAAGCAAAAAUAUAGUCAUUAGCAAAGUCAUUUACACUGUACACUACAUUGUGCUAAAAGUGUAUAGAAAAACACUACGCAAGACAUCGUUAUACUUUAAUCUUGAAUAGUAUGCAAUGCACGUCUAAUUACCCAACUAUUAGGAUUAAAUGAAAAUGUAAGAGCAGAUAGUUUACUGAAAGUUAUUCCAUAUUACCUUUAAUAUAUAUAGAAUGCUCAUGACUCUUAGUCUACAAGGAAUGUUACUACGUAAUCAAGUGAAUUUUGUUGUUU